AGCACCAUCAGCCACACGCGCCCGCGCGCGCCUAAAAGCCUACCCGGAUCGCCCCUCCCCAUGCGCCCAUGGACACGGUCGUGGCCACGGCCGCGCGCCGCCUCCUCGUCAAUGCCAGCCACGAUGACCCCCGCGCCCACCGCCGCGCCGCCGCUGGGUCUCCCUCGAGGCCGGGUGCCCCGGAGCGGCCGCCGCCGGCGCCGCCUCGGGAGCCGUUCCCGAUGCUGCUGCCCGUGUUCAUCCUCUUCGUGCUCCUCCUCUGCUUCCUCUCCAUCUUCCUCCUGCGCGACCUCCUCCACUUCUUCUCCCUCUGGCUCCGCCGCCGGCGCCGCCUCCGCGCCGGUGCGGACGCCGACGAGUCGGGCGCCGGCGAAGCCACGCCGGACGCGCACGCGCUGCCCAAGCCGGCCGGUCUGGACCCCGCGGUCCUCGCCACGUUCCCCACGGUCCGGUGGAUCGAAGCGACGCCGCGGUCGCCAGCGCCGGCGCUCGCCGAGUGCGCGGUCUGCCUGUCGGAGUUCGCCGCGGGCGACGCCGUCCGCCUGCUCACCGUCUGCCGCCACGCGUUCCACACGGCGUGCAUCGACUCCUGGCUCGGCGCGCACACCACGUGCCCCGUCUGCCGCUCCGAGCUCGACGCGCCGCCGCCCCCGCCUGGCGACGGCGACGGUGGCCGUAUCUCUAUCGUGGUUGACGGUCAGCGAGCAAGCACGGCAUCAGACCCGGCGAGCGGUGGCGUGCGAUCGCGACCUGAGGACCGGUGACAUACAUGGUGGCCAAGCGCCGAGUGCCAGGUCGUCGGCGAGUUCUCUAGAUUUCCUUUUCUUUUAGAAAUUUUUAGGGUGUGGUUUGAGGAUAGCUAGCUGCCAGGAUCUGCAUCCAUGGUGAUACUGGAACUGUGAAUUUUUGCGAGUGAAUUUUCUGUAUAUGUUACACCAACGAACGAACUGUACCCCAUGCACAUACACAGUUACAGAUAUAUACAUGCAUGAUAAUGCAUAGCAUUCAUGCAGAUGUAGAUAUUGUUCAUUA